AUGUCUACUAGACAUGAUAAUCAUGUUAGGACCAGUAGGACAGACGUCGCUUCAGUCGGAUCAUCUGCAGGAGCGCGACUGCGACGCACGCCAGGCCUCUCGUCAUUCCAAAGGACAUGGUCGGAUGAAGCGCUCGCUCUCUUGUGGUUAGACCCAUCUAGCGACAAGGGCAGAACUCCACCGCUACGACCCCUCGUCCAGGUUAAGCCUACCACCAAGCCACCACGUUCUACACAAGCGCAUUCCAUGCAUUCAAAAUCCUCUAUUGCACGUGCCCCACCGGCACCGCUCAUAGACCAAGCCUCCACCCUCCUUCAUGAGAGCACCCACCUCGUCGCCUCAGCUGUACACAGAGCGCAAACAGCAUCCUCUCGCGCCGCUCGCCUCGAAUCCAAGCUUGCUUCGCUCGAAGCUCAACUUGUUGAGUCGGACGCAGCUCUCGAAGAGACUGCGGAGGAAGUGCUUGCAUUGCGGGCGGCGCUGGACACAGCCGAGCGGCGGCGGGAAGCGGCCGAGCAGCGCGCGGGCAUGCUGGGUAUCAUCCUCGGCAGUAUAUUUGCCGCACUCUCGGAGAGAAUUGCGAGGAUGUCGUGGUAUCACUAUUGA